AUGGGGAAGGGGAUGGUGUCUUCUGCUGGUUCUGCGCCUCUUCUACUAUUUCUGCUUGGGCUUCUGGUUCUCUUGUGUUUCCUCUGUGUCCAUUGGAUGCCAUUCAAGGCAAAGCUGCUGCAUCAUCAGGAACAACACCAUUGGGAGAGGAGGGGUUAUCUUUCCUGGGCGAUCCUCUUUGUCUCUCUUCCUGACCUUUGGACUUCGUUGUUCACUUUUCCCGAUGCAUUCAAGUCAGAUGAUGCUCCUUCAGCUGGAUAUUAUUGGUUGCCCCUCCCAGCUGGGGGUCAGCUGGGGGCUCUCUUCUGGAAUGCUCCUGGGGAUGUUUCUACUGUUUUUGCCUGCCCUCAGCUGCCCCGCAUGUUGCUGCCUGCCGUGCCUGGUUCCAACUGA